ACCUUUGCCAGUGUUUCUAGCUCUCUCUCUCUGACUCACUCUCUGCUGCCUGCUUUUGGCUUUAUCACACACACCCUCUACCUUUUCUUCCCAUCUUCAGCUUUUUCCUUCCCCACAACACACUCUCCCCACCUCAGUUUGGCCCUCCCUCAGCUCCCUUCUCAUGAUGCACUAUUCAACCCCAUUUCAUGCAGAGAUCAGCUAGAAAAAGGGGAAAGGAAUCAUUCUCCUCCUCCAAAUUCCCUAAUGGCUAGUGGUUUUCUAGCUUGGAGCUUCCUCUUCACCAGCAUCCUAGGACUUCACACUGUUUGCUCUUCAGGAACCUUGGUGGGGUUCUCCUAUGAUGCAAGGGAAGAGAAUACUGCCCCUUUGUUGCCCGGUGUGGCACUGCUUAAGAUGCUCGUGGCAAACCAAGGUGCCUAUUUAGAUUCAGUACCCAUCACCAGCAUCUCUGUCAAUCUCUGUGUGAGCCAAUUCGAAGUGAAGAAACUACUUGAAUCGAAAACCUCAGCAACUUCAUGGCCUAGAACUCACCUUAUGGACACUCUCAUCAAGUUAAACAUCGAUAGAAUUAUAGUAAGUAGCAAUGGAGAGAGGCUCCCCUUGCUCCUUUCCACCUUGACCUCAGUCAGAGCAUCUCUCAAGACUUCCAACCUUGAUAGGACUCUGAGGAUCACAGUCAUGUUCUCCCUCUUAGACCUCAAAACUCUGCACAGGACUCAUCCUAAGAGCAUUCAAAGGAUGAUGCAUGUUUUAAAGGAUUGGGAGUCUCAUGUAGUGGUAGAAACUGUUGUGGAUGAGGAUAUGAACUUAGAUGAUGACUUUCUUCGUUCUACUAUCGAGUUGGCUUCCUCUGCUUGCACUUAUCUACCUUACCUUGAUAUCCCUAUCAUUCUUAUUGUGAAAAGCUCUCUGAUCCCUACUGGAGUCGAAAUAGCUAAGUUUUCGGAUAGAAUGAUGAAGUUCUUAAGGAGUGAUGCUUUGCUUAGAAGAAGGAUUGCAGGGCUGUUCAUCGACAUCUCCCAUCUUAGGCAGUAUGGAAAGAAGACAUUUGAUUGGCAAGAGAAAUUGAUGGUCCCUUCCUUGCAAAAAGAGCUUCUCAACCAUGGCCGAAAACUUACUGUUGCAACCAAAACCACACUGUAUGAUACGUUCACUCCGAUAACAAAUCCUGUCACAACUCCAAUUACAAUCCCUUCCACGAACCCAGCACCCGCAAUAGUGACUGUGCCAUCGACCAAUCCAGUCACAGUUCUCCCCACAAUUCCAACCAUGUCACCGGUAAACAUCCCACCUAUGAAUCCAGUGAGCACUCCGAUCACGGUUCCUGCAACAGAUCCUUUCUCAACACCAGUGACAACACCUGUAGUGCCUGUGACAAAUCCUGCUACAACACCAACAACAUACCCUACAAACCCUCCUGUGACCAAUCCCGUGACAAGCUAUCCAUUUACGCCACCAGUAAGCACACCUUCUAUAUUACCACCGGUAACCGUGCCAAGCACAGUUCCCAUCACACCAGCAACUUCAGGGCAGACAUGGUGCGUGGCCAAGGCAGGAACCCCGGAUGCAGCGCUGCAGCUUGCACUGGAUUAUGCUUGUGGAAUUGGCAGUGCAGACUGCUCAGCAAUUCAGCCAACAGGAAGCUGCUACAAUCCUGAUACCCUUCAGGCUCAUGCUUCAUAUGCCUUUAACAGCUACUACCAGAAGAAUCCAGUGGCAUCAAGUUGUGAUUUUGCAGGAACAGCCAUGCUUGUCAACGCUAAUCCAAGUACAGCAACUUGCAUUUUUCCAUCAUCAAGUUCUGUUCCCGGUUACAGUCCUACAUCCACUGGAGCUGGCUCUACUCCCAGUUCAGGUUCAUCAGUGUUGAACACGUACAACCCAACUGGUUCCAACUCGGUAUUUGGUUCAGACAACCCAACAGGCACUGUCAGCAAUGCGAUCUCUCUUUCCGUCGGUUGGACCUUCUUACUCUUUGUGCUUACAAUAGCCUGUAUCAGCUGCAACGUCUAGUAGCCCUCUAGUAUCAGCCCUUUAGUAGCUGCAGCAGUAUACAUCUGAUCGACGUGUAGAGAUCAUUCAGAAGUUUAUUGUGUAUAGAAACUGAGUAGUUGAUUAUGUAUCUUAGAAUUGACUACAUGAGAAUUUGUUGGCUUUCUGUAUAUUAUCAAGAUGUAUUUUACUUCAAGCAAAGCUGAAGAACAUGUCCAGUGUGAAAAUGAUUAGGAAUGCAGUAGUGGAUGGAG